AUUCGUUUCCUGGGCUUGCCGUCAACAAGCAACCCCCCUGAAUUCAUUUCCUAGUAUUCGUUGUCAAAGCUCCAUUAACAAUAUAUACAUCAACACAUAUACACAUAUGCUUAUAUAUAUAUAUCUCGAUACAUAUAUGACCUGGUAGGUCAUUGAGGAAUCGAUCGAUCGAUCGAUCAUCGUUAUCUCAUUGAAUCGGUCGGCGAUGGGCGACUCCACGACGGCCGGCGAGAACUCGCAUACAACCAUGGCCGAAGAAGUUUGUAGAGUCGUCGAUUUAGCCAGAGAGUUACAGGACUCAGCUGCAUCCUUCAUUGCAAGAACAUCACGCGAAGAAGAAGCUCUCCGCCAACAAGCCCUCUCUCUCGAUUCCAACAUCAACAAACUCAAGAAAUGCAACUUAACAGAACCCAAAAAGCUAGAAGAAGAGUUAUACAGAGCGAGUUACAUAUUGAGUGAAGGAGAUGCGGCUGCAUUUCUUCCGAGCAAAUCUCAUGGAGUGUUAUUGAGGAUGUUUCUUGGUCCAAUUGAUGUGCGUGCCAGUCGCAAGGAGGUUAAAUUCAAAGUAAAACAGGAGUACAAUAGAUUCAGAGAUAGAACUGCGCUUUUAUUUCUUUUUUUCCCAUCACUGCUACUCGUGUUAAGGUCGUGGAUUUGGGAUGGAUGCUUACCUGCAUUUCCGGUUCAGCUCUACCUGGCCUGGUUGUUAUUUCUCUACACAGGUUUGGCUUUACGAGGGAACAUAUUAAGAGUGAAUGGAAGUGAUAUUCGUCCAUGGUGGAUAUACCAUCACUACUGUGCUAUGACCACGGCACUCAUUAGUCUCACCUGGGAGAUAGAAGGGCAACCUGAUUGUGCCCAGAAGCAGAGAGGGGUAAAACUGUUCCUGCAAUGGGCUAUCAUGCAAGGAGUUGCAAUGCUUCUACAGAAUAGAUACCAACGACAAAGACUAUAUACACGCAUUGCGCUGGGCAAGGCCAGGAGAAUGGAUGUAGUGUGGGGAGAGACUGCUGGAGUAGAUGGUCAAUUAUUGCUGCUGUGCCCCAUACUGUUCAUCCUGCAGGGUUUUGAAGGCUAUGUUGGAAUGUUGUUACUCAAAACUGCACUGGACGGUGUUGUUUCCGAGUGGCAGGUAGUUACCUGUGGAAUUCUUUUGAUAACUAUGGCAGUUGGGAAUUUUGCAAACACAGUGCAGGCACUUCUCACGAAGUAUCGGUUUAAAUUAAAAGUAAAGAAGAGUAAAAGCAAGCAAGAAGUAAAUCAGGCAUCCCAUUCCUAGAAAUUUGUGGUUGAGAAGACUUGGUGAUCUUUAAGGUUAUGAGAAUGUGCAUGAGAAUAUGAUAAUCGAUUGCACUGGGUAGGCCAGGAAUGCUGUUUCGGAGAUUUGACAUCGGAUUGAAUCAAAUCUGAGGUUUGCUUUAUAUCAGUUUGUUGCAGUUGUCUAAAAGUUGAUCAUCCAUCUGGUUCAUGUGGAUGUGAAGAACCUUUUCAUAUUUAACAGUGUAAUGGUGUACAGACCUUUUCACAGCAUACCAGAUAUUGAGUGCUUGACUCUUUAGGGUCCGUUUGAAUGGCGAUAACGUUAUAUGUUAUGGUUUGGUAUGAUAUGAAAACAACCGUUUUGGUAUUGGUAUGUUUUUAGUAGAAAUUGGAUCCAUAUUUCGUAA